AUGAAGGUGCUCGGCUUAGAUGCGCAAAACCAAGCGUCUCUAUUAAAAGUUGUAAUUCUAGGCCUCAUUGCCUUUGUGGCAAUUUCUAGUAGAUUAUUUAGUAUUAUUCGUUUCGAAAGCGUUAUUCACGAAUUUGAUCCCUGGUUUAAUUAUCGUGCUACUCGUCGUUUGGUUCAAACAAGCUUUUAUGAAUUUUGGAAUUGGUUUGAUGAACGAUCGUGGUAUCCGUUGGGUCGUGUUGUCGGUGGAACGGUUUACCCUGGUUUGAUGGUGACUUCAGCUACUAUACAUAACAUUCUUCACGCGCUCAACUUUCCUGUUGAUAUACGCAACAUUUGUGUAUUAUUAGCUCCGCUAUUUUCUGCUUUCACUGCUAUUGCUGCUUUUCUUCUUACCUCUGAAAUAAAGGAUUCUUCUUCUGGUCUUUUGGCUGCUGCCUUUAUUGGUGUAGCUCCUGGUUAUAUUUCUCGUUCAGUUGCUGGUUCAUACGAUAAUGAAGGCAUCGCGAUAUUUUUACUCAUGUUUACUUUUUAUUUAUGGAUUAAAUCCCUUAAGGAAGGUUCUGCAUUCUUUGGUGGUUUAACUGCUUUAUUUUAUUUUUAUAUGGUGGCAGCUUGGGGUGGUUACGUAUUUAUUAUUAACCUUAUCCCUCUUCAUGCGUUUGCUCUGAUUUUGAUGGGCCGGUUUUCCACUAGGCUCUAUGUAUCAUAUUCUUCUUUUUAUGCUCUUGGUACUUUAAUGUCAAUGCAAAUCCCUUUUGUUGGAUUUCAACCAACAAGAACAAGUGAACAUAUGGCUGCUUUAGGAAUAUUUGGAUUAUUACAAAUAAUUGCUUUUGUCGAACUCGUAAGAAGUCAUCUUGCGUCCAAUCAAUUUCAAAUUUUAUUCAAAGGCUUUAUUUUUAUUGCCUUCAUUAUAAUGUUUUCAGCAUUAGUCUUAUUAACAAUUAGUGGAUACAUUGCUCCAUGGACUGGUCGGUUUUAUUCACUAUGGGACACUGGAUACGCAAAGAAAUAUAUUCCUAUAAUUGCUUCUGUUUCUGAACAUCAACCAACUGCGUGGCCUUCAUUUUUCUUUGAUCUUGAAAUGUUGAUUUUCCUUUUCCCUGCUGGAAUUUACCUUUGUUUCAAAGAAUUACGUGAUGAACAUGUUUUUGUCAUUUUAUAUGGCAUCACUGCUUCUUAUUUUUCUGGUGUCAUGGUUCGUUUAAUGCUGACUCUGACUCCAAUUGUUUGUGUUUCUUCCGCUAUUACAGUUUCUCGUUUAUUGGAUACUUAUCUUGACUUUAGUGUUGUGGAUCCAGAACCUUCCGAACAAAAGUCUGCUACUGAUAGUAAAUCUAAGCAUCAAGAUAAACAACAUAAAAAAUCUGGUGAUAGUUCUCGUUCUGCAGCAACUUCCUCAAAAUCCGAAAAAAAGAAAAAAAAAGAACAAUUCUUUGGUAUAAUCGGAAAUGACUCUCGUGGCAUAGUUCUUAUAAAUUUCUUUUUCUUUUUGGUUAUUUUCAUUUGGCAUUGUACAUGGGUAACGUCCAAUGCCUAUUCAUCUCCUUCAAUCGUACUUGCUUCUCGACAAGCUGAUGGUUCUCAAUAUAUUAUUGAUGAUUUUCGUGAAGCUUAUUAUUGGCUAAGAAAAAACACUGAUGACUCUGCAAAGAUUAUGUCAUGGUGGGAUUAUGGUUAUCAAAUUGCUGGUAUGGCAGAUAGAACUGUUUUAGUAGAUAAUAAUACUUGGAAUAAUACUCAUAUUGCCACUGUUGGUAAAGCAAUGUCAUCUUCUGAAGAUGUUGCUUAUGAAAUAAUGAGAAGGCAUGAUGUAACUCACGUACUUGUUAUUUUUGGUGGUUUAUUGGGUUAUUCUGGUGAUGACAUUAACAAAUUCCUUUGGAUGAUUCGUAUCGCUGAAGGUGUUUAUCCUGAUGAUGUGAAAGAGGGAAAUUUUUUCACUCCGCGUGGUGAAUAUAGAGUUGAUGAUGAAGCUACACCGACAAUGCGAAGAAGUCUUAUGUAUAAAAUGAGUUAUCAUAAUUAUAAUGAACUUUUUGGUGGUCAAGGACAGGAUCGAGUUCGUGGUGCCAAAUUACCUGCUGAAAAAAAUUAA